GAUCAUAAAAUUGAAAAUUCAAUUCCCUCCUUUUGCGAAAAUUGGAAAACCUCACAAAAUUCCCGUAAAAAGGGAGGAAUUUCAGUUAAAAUAAUUCCACGUGGCAAAGUUUCAUUGGUUUCCCUUCCCUACCUUGCUCAUUCUUAUAAUCAUCGUCCAAUUCGUUUUUCUUUCUUUUUUCCGCCCGGUGCAUUUUCCGGGAAAAGUCCAAUUUUCCCGACCGACGACGAUUUUCCUUUCUUUUUUAUUCUAAACACUUCCCCGCGCUUUUUUUGACCCCGAGAGUCCUCAAUUUUUUUCUUUUUUUUUCUUCCUGAAUCUAUUGAUUUUGCCGCUUCACCUCAUCUCAUUUUCGUUUAAUCAAUAAAUCAACCUGAAAUUUUAAAGGUUCGAUUGGAAUUGAAAAUCAAAUAAGCUUCUCAUUCUGGGCUUGAAGAUGACAAGUUACAGCGGUUCGCCGAGGCGGAAUAUUUCAAGGUCAAGCUUUUCAUCAGCGAGGAGAAAAGCAUUGGAGAAUGGACGUUCCGAUUCUAUCCGGAAACUCUUACCAUCUCCUCGUCCUACGGGACUUGCUGGAGAGCGUACUGUGAAGAAGUUGAGGCUCUCAAAGGCCUUAACGGUACCAGAAAGUACCACCAUUUAUGAGGCCUGCCGGAGGAUGGCUGCUCGUAAGGUUGAUGCUUUAUUGCUUACUGAUUCUAAUGCAUUGCUUUGCGGGAUUCUCACGGACAAGGACAUAGUAACAAGAGUGAUUGCUCAGGAACUUAAUAUGGAGGAAACGCCAGUUUCUAAAGUAAUGACAAAGAACCCGGUAUUUGUUCUUUCUGAUACUCUUGCUGUGGAGGCACUCCAGAAGAUGGUGCAAGGAAAAUUUAGACACUUGCCUGUUGUACAGAAUGGGGAGGUCAUUGCUUUGCUUGAUAUAGCUAAGUGUCUGUAUGAUGCUAUUGCUCGAAUGGAAAGGGCAGCUGAAAAGGGAAAAGCUAUUGCUGCUGCUGUUGAAGGUGUAGAAAAGAAUUGGGGAACAUCUUUCUCUGGUCAGAAUACAUUCAUUGAGACACUUCGAGAGCAAAUGUUCAGGCCUUCACUGUCAACAAUAAUUGCAGACAAUCCAAAGAUUGUAAUAGUUUCACCAGAUGACACAGUUUUAACUACUACAAAAAAGAUGCAAGAAUGUCGAAUAAACUCUGCAGUUGUGCUUGUUGAAAAUAAACCCCGGGGGAUUCUAACAUCAAAGGAUAUAUUAAUGCGGGUAAUAGCACAAAACCUUCCUCCGGAGACUACUUCAGUGGAACAGGUUAUGACUCCUAACCCAGAAUGUGCAACACUCGACACACCAAUUGUUUCUGCUUUGCAUACAAUGCAUGAUGGCAACUUUUUACACCUUCCUGUGCUAGAUAGAGAUGGAGAACUAGUUUCUAUUGUUGAUGUGAUCGAAGUUACUCAUGCCGCUGUUGCUACAGUAAGUCAAGUUGGGAAAAAUUUUGGAGUCAAUAAUGAGGCUGCCUCAACAAUGGUGCAGAAAUUUUGGGAUUCCGCAAUGGCCUUACCUCCCAUUGAAGAUGAGGAUGAGACAAGAAGUUAUAGUUCAUUGAAGUUAGCUUCUGAAGCAGCAGAGACAGAGAGAUCUCUUCCCUAUCCUUCAUCCAAUUUUCCAUUUACAUUUGGUUUCAAAAUACAAGAUAGAAUGGGCCGAAUGCAUAGAUUUACAUCUGAUACACGUAGUCUGACGGAUCUAAUAACUGCAGUCCUUCAGAGGUUAGGGGAUGACAGGGAUAGAGAUAGUGUGCCUCAAAUCCUGUAUGAAGAUGAAGACCAUGACAAAGUUGUAUUGGCAUCGGACAAUGAUCUUCAAGUGGCCGUGGAGCAUGCAAAAUCAGUUGGUUUGAAGGGUUUAAGAUUACAUUUAGAUUAUUCGGGAACGAAAGAUCAUCGUCGAAGGGGCUCGGGUUCAGGAUGCAUGGAUUAUGCGAACUCCGAUGCAUGGAAUACGGCAUGCAACACCGUUGCCGCAGGGGCAGCCGUUGUUGCUGGGCUGAGCUUAUUAGCAUACUUGAGGAAAGCCGGUAAUUAGCAUUCUUAAAAAACUUCCAAUAUAUAUAUAUAUAUGAAGAACAAUACAAUGAAUUUCUUUAGGAUUGAAUGCCCAAAUUCCUUUUAUGUUUGAUUUUGUUUUCCUUAAUUUUUGGGGGUCUGUACAAAUUAAGAUAUCAUUUUAUUUUUAGCCGGGGGGGGGGGGGGAUGCUUGUUGCUUAGUUUACAAGGUUGAGCUGUGUGGCUGUCUCCCCCCUUUAAUGAAGGGUGAAAUUACAAUGUAUAAAAUAUAAUUUAUUAUAUGAUAACAGUCGUUUGUUUCAGAUUUCAA